UCUUAUUAUUUGGGCCAAAUUGAGUAGACCCGACCAGAUCCGAAUAAGCAUAAACUUCACAAAACCCUAAUAACACAACAUAUAUUGCCGCACUUAGCUUACAGUAACAUUCCCUCUCGCCCCGCCGAUCAGAAUCGAUCUCUUCAACAAUUUCAAGAGAUGGGUGAAACACCAGUUCCAGAGUCAGUCUUGAAGAAGCAGAAGAGGAGUGAGGAAUGGGCUCUUGCAAAGAAGCAAGAACUUGAAUCUGCGAAGAAGAAGAAUGUUGAGAACAGGAAAUUGAUCUACAACAGGGCAAAGCUGUAUGCAAAGGAGUAUGCGGAACAGGACAAGGAAUUGAUUCGUUUGAAACGCGAGGCUAGAUUGAAAGGUGGUUUCUAUGUGGAUCCCGAGGCAAAGUUGUUGUUUAUCAUCAGGAUACGUGGGAUUAAUGCUAUGCCCCCACAGACCAAGAAGAUUUUGCAGCUACUACGUUUACGACAGAUCUUUAAUGGGGUCUUUUUGAAAGUUAACAAAGCCACAGUGAACAUGUUGCAUAGGGUUGAACCUUACGUUACCUAUGGUUAUCCAAACCUAAAGAGUGUUAGGGAAUUGAUCUACAAGAGAGGUUAUGGAAAGCUCAACAAGCAGAGAAUUGCUUUAACCGACAAUUCUGUCAUUGAGCAGGGAUUGGGCAAACAUGGAAUUAUCUGCGCUGAAGACCUUGUCCAUGAGAUCAUGACUGUAGGGCCCAGCUUCAAGCAGGCCAACAACUUCCUAUGGCCAUUCCAGCUGAAGGCACCUUUGGGUGGACUCAAGAAGAAGAGAAAUCACUAUGUUGAAGGUGGUGAUGCUGGUAACCGCGAAAACUUCAUUAAUGAACUUAUCAGGAGGAUGAACUAAUGUUUCCUGAAAUUUCGCUUUCUAGGCAUUUUUAGUGAAACAACAAUUCAGAAUUUCUGCCAUUUGAGAUGUUAUUUUGGUUUAUGAUAGUAGUAUACGACAUUAUUUUUGUUUUGACCUUAGCAGUCUCAAUCUUAUUGUGUUGGAUUUUUGAAUUUAUGUUCAUUUUGGUUUCAAGGCUA